AUCCAAGGCUUAUUUGGAGAGAUUUUAGUGAGUGACUGAGAACCUGUUUACUGGGCAUCUUACAGAUGAAUCCUAGCUGAAUAUAAUCAGAGUAAGAUAUUUUCCAUUUCCAUCCGUCCAAUUAAAAGGAUUCGACUCUGCUUAAGUCCCUUCCAGAUUGUGAAUGAUGCUCAGCACAACGGAGCUGCCGACCGGAGAUUAUGAAUACUUGUGCGAGAAGGAAAGCGUCAAUUCAUUCGGAGCAGCACUGAUGCCCAGCUUCUACCUGAUCGUUUUAAUGCUCAGUCUCAUUGGAAACGGAUUGGUUUUACUGGUGCUUGUGAAAUAUGAAUAUCUAAAAAGCAUUACAAAUAUAUUCAUUCUUAACCUUGCCAUUUCAGAUUUGCUUUCUGCUAUUUGCCUCCCUUUCUGGGUGGUCCAUCAUUUAAAGGGAUGGAUCUUUGGAGUGACCAUGUGCAAGUUAAUGAGUGGUGUGUUUUACAUCGGGUUUUACAGUGGCAUCAUGUUCCUGACACUGAUGACAAUUGACCGGUACCUCGCAGUUGUUCAUGCUGUCUCUGCUGCAAGAUCUAGAAAAGUUCGCUAUGCAACAGUCACAAGUGUGAUCGUUUGGCUGACCAGUACAUUAGCAACCAUCCCUGAUUUUAUCUUUGUUGACUUAGAUGAGGAAUACGACAGAGAAACCUGCGACAAUAUUUACCCCCAGGAUACAGCUGUUCCUUGGAAACUGUUGAGAUUUUAUCAACAAAAUAUAGUGUUCUUUGUCCUUCCGUUUAUUAUCAUAGUGUACUGCUAUGUUAGGAUAAUUCAGACAUUGAUAAAGUGCAGAACAGUCCAGAAACACAGGACACUGCGAGUUAUAUUCACCAUUGUGGUGGUGUUCUUCUUCUGUUGGGCACCUUACAACGUGGUGAUCUUCUUAAGAUCCCUGGAGGAGCUUCAGAUCCUGCAGUUUGAGGACUGUUAUUUGGAAAGUCAACUGGAUUACGCCCACACCAUCUCCUACACCGUGGCUUAUUUUCACUGUUGUCUCAAUCCCAUUUUUUACGCCUUUGUUGGAGAAAAGUUUAGAAGACACUUGAUUCACUUUUGUGACCAUUAUUUGCCGUGUGGUCUGCUGUUUCACCAGCGGCAAUUUGUCACCAGGAAUGUCCACAUGGAAUAUUCUGAUGGUUCCAUGGGUAACGAUACAACAAAUAACUGGUAGUCUGACGCUUCUGACAGAAUGCAUGUUUGAGGAAAUUUGUAUUCUUUUUGUUCAACUUAAAUAUUCCAAUCUUUUUAAUGUACUGUAAUCAAGACAGAUCAAUUGUAAUAAGAGUAACAGCAAAAAAUUACAAUUUUCAUUUUACAAACAUUACAACAUUUUUACAAGGAUUUAGAAACAUCUGUGUGUAGUUU